AUGACAUUUCACACAGGGGAAAAGCCUUUCAAAUGCACCACUUGUGGGAGAGCUUUUACCUGGAAAUAUAACAUGGAGAGGCAUACAAGGACUCAUGCAAGGGAGAAGCCAUUCAGAUGCACCAUGUGCGGGAAAAUGUUUACCCGGAACUCACAGUUAAUUACGCACCGAAGGACUCAUACAGGGGAGAAGCCAUUCGGUUGCACCACGUGCGGGAAAAUGUUUACCCAAAAGUCAAAUUUAAAAACUCACCUAAGGACUCACACAGGGGAGAAGCCAUUCAGAUGCACCACGUGCGGGAAAAUGUUUACCCAAAAGUCAAAUUUAAAAAAUCACCUAAGGACUCACACAGGGGAGAAGCCAUUCAGAUGCACCUUGUGCGGGAAAAUUUUUAACCGGAAGUCCAGUGUUAAAACGCACAUGAGGAUUCAUACAGGGGAGAAGCCAUUCCGAUGCACUACAUGCGAGAAAAGUUUUACCAUUAAGUCAAGUUUACAAGUGCACAUAAGGACUCAUACAGGGGAGAAGCCAUUCAGGUGCACCACGUGUGGGAAAAUGUUUACCUGGAAGUCCGGUUUUCAAGGACACAUAAGCACUCAUACAGGGAAGAAGCCAUUCAGAUGCACCACGUGUGGGAAAAUGUUUACCAGCAAGUCAGAUUUACAAAGGCACGUGAGGACUCAUACAGGGGAGAAGCCAUUCAAAUGCACCGCGUGUAAUAAACUGUUUACCCAUAAGUCAAUGUGCAGUGGUAUUGAUGUUAAAGGUCAUACGUCAGCAUCCAAGACCUCAGCAGGUGACAUGGUGAGCCAUAGUAACAGAAGGGGGGGGGUCAUUGUAGAGGAACGUGAAGGAGCCAUGUGUGAAAGACAGAAGAAAGGGGAAGAGGUGAAGAUAGAGUCAAGACCAAUAGGAAGACAGGAAAAGAUAAUAUUUAACCUGUUGUUGACAGUGAUGGCCCAGUUCUACAUGGUCUUCAUGGACACCAUCUUCAUCUCCACAGAGGAAGACUACAAUGCAUCUCAGUGA